AUGGGAAGUUUCAAUCUGAGCUUAGAGGGUUUCAUGUUAGUAGGGUUCUCAGAUUGGCCUCAGCUGGAACUAUUCUUCCUCGUCUUCAUCUCAAUUUUCUACUCCCUAACCCUCUGUGGAAACACCACCAUCAUUGCUCUCACCCAACUCGACCUUCGGCUGCAAACACCCAUGUACUUCUUCCUUACCCACCUCUCCUUCCUGGAUCUCUGCUUCACCACCAGCACUGUGCCCCAGCUUCUUCUUAAUCUUUCCCAAGUUGAUCAGACUAUCAGCUAUGCUGGAUGUGUAGCUCAGCUCUUCAUAGCACUAUUACUGGGUGGAACUGAAUGUGUGCUCCUUGUGGUGAUGGCUUUCGACCGCUAUGCCGCUGUGUGCCGCCCACUACACUACACCAGCAUCAUGCACCCUCUUCUCUGCCAGGCAUUGGCCAUCUCCUCCUGGGUGGGAGGCUUCCUGAAUGCUCUGACUCAGACCAGCCUCCUCCUGACCAUACCUCUCUGUGGUCAUCACCUGAAUCACUUCUUCUGUGAUAUGCUUGUUCUCUUGAGGCUGGCUUGUGAGGACAUGGAGGGAACAGAGGCCAACUUGUUUGUGGCCGGAACCAUCAUUUUGGUCUGUCCUGUAGCACUAAUUCUAGCCACCUAUGCACAAAUUGCUCAUGCGGUGCUGAAGAUCAAGUCAAGAGCUGGUCAAAGAAAGGCUCUGGGGACGUGUGGGUCCCACCUUAUGGUGGUUUCUCUGUUUUAUGGCUCAGCCAUGUACACAUAUCUCCAACCUGUGCACAGGGAUUCUGGGAGUGAAGAAAAGUUUGUUGCCCUCUUUUAUACUAUAAUCACUCCGAUGAUGAACCCUCUGAUUUAUACCCUGAGGAACAAGGAUGUGAAGGGGGCUCUGUUGAAGGUACUUGGAAAAGGAAAAGACUAG